AUAUUACCACGAGUCAGAUGAGAGAGGAGAGAAAUAAAUCAUAAGUUUGGUUACAAACUCUUAUAAAUACUCAAGUAGUAGAGACGCAUGCCCAUCCAUCCUGACACUAACAAAAGUCACGUUUCCCUCCUAACCACACCGGUCACACACAAGAGUACAAGACCGGACGGCCAUAUUAUCAGCGCAGCGCUCUGCACCUGCGGCAAUGGCGGAACGAGCGCACCAAGCACUUGUCUCCAUCCUUGUCGUCCUCUUCGCCUCAGUUCGUGAUGCCGCGUCCAAGUCGUUCGCCAUCACCAACAGCUGCGAGUACACGGUGUGGCCGGGGAUCCUGUCAAGCGCCGGCUCGGCCGGGAUGGACAGCACAGGCUUCGCGCUCGCGCCGGGCGAGUCGCGGACCAUGUCGGUGCCGACGGGGUGGUCGGGUCGGCUUUGGGGCCGCACGCUCUGCUCCGCAGACGGCACCGGGAAGUUCACCUGCGUGACCGGCGACUGCGGCUCCGGGCGGCAGGACUGCGCCGGCGGGGGCGCGGCCCCGCCGGCGACGCUGGCCGAGUUCACGAUGGACGGCAGCGGCGGGAUGGACUUCUACGACGUCAGCCUGGUCGACGGGUACAACCUGCCGAUGCUCGUGGCGCCGCAGGGCGCGGCGGCCGGCGGCAACUGCGCGCCAACGGGGUGCAUGGUCGACCUGAACGGCGCGUGCCCGGCCGACCUGCGCGUGGCGUCGGCGUCGGCGCCGGCGCCGGGCGGCGUGGCGUGCAGGAGCGCGUGCGAGGCGUUCGGGUCGGCGCAGUACUGCUGCAGCGGCGAGUACGGCAGCCCCAACACGUGCCGGCCGUCGUCCUACUCCCAGUUCUUCAAGAACGCGUGCCCGAGGGCGUACAGCUACGCCUACGAUGACGCCACCUCCACCUUCACCUGCACAGGCGGCGACACCACCUACGCCAUCACCUUCUGCCCCAGCACGGCCAGUGUGAAGUCGGCCGGCCAGAACUCCGCUGGGCUGCCCCUGAUGAACGACACCAUGGUUUACCUCGCGGGCGACCAGGUGAACGCGGCUGCGCCGCCCCGCCCCCUCGUCGCCCUCCUCGUCGCCGCCGUGUACCUCGCGGUCGCGUGCACCCUGCACUGAACUGAACCCCACGCGAUCGAUCGAGAGAAAAUCGCGUGACGCGACAAGGACGAAGAGACGAAAUGGACGCACCACCUGCCUGCUGCCCGUGCCCGGGGCCCAGGAACAGUGAGAUUCACCCGUGGGUGACGCUGACGCUAAUGCGUUCACGGGCCAUGCUUUGCGGCUCAGUACACAAUAACUAGAGCUAGUAGACUAAUUAUCCUAGCUUUAGUUAUUAGAGUACUGCUAUAGUCAUUGAAAUGGUAGACACCUAUAGAUAGAUCGUUUGCUUAAUUAGCCACACGUAUAUAUUGAGGGUAUAAUUCUCUUUCUAUAGAUUUUUUUGUCAUUUUUUAUACGAUUGAGAAGGAUAGGAUUGAGAGGGUUGAUUUAAUUAUCAUUUCAUUGGUAGCUAGACGUGUACUCGUAUAUUACAAAAUUUUGAGCUAGGAUGGGUUGGGUCACACAUAUGGUGAUUGAUAUGUACUCCUGCUGCUUUAAAAUAUAAACAUUUCUAAAAUUUAAAUUUACUAGCACACUACGAAUAUUUAUGUGUUGAUUUCUAUUAUUCUCAUUACAUCAAGUGAAUGGGCCUCUAGAAAGUGGCUCUAGUAGCACCA